CGGUAGUUCUUCGUUAUUAGAAAACCUACAUACAUUACCAGCCAAUCUGCCCUAUCAGAGGGACUCCAUUAUUACAUACACGAUUGGAUUUAGCCUUCCAGCCUGGCAGCUAUAACAGCAUCAAAAGUUCGUCACACACGUGAGCAAUUGUGGAGCAAUAAUAAGGGACUGAUACUAUUAGUUGUUUUGAGGGGGUCAAUUUCAUCACAUAUCUGGAGAUUGUGCCGCAUUUCACAAGGUUUAUCCCUCGAUUAUGGCUGAGUCUUGUCAGGAAAUGUAAUUGAAUCGCACGAGCGCGUCGUAUGAUUUAUUUUUUAGUAUAUUUUCGGAAUUCUUGAGAAAAUAGGAGUAUUUGAUGUGCAAAAGAUGGUUCGAUUUUCAUGCUUUCAAGCUCACAGCCACUCUGACAAACAGAAGAAAAUCGGCCGCCUAUCUGCUGAAGCAAUGAAGAAAACGUUGGAAAAUGCCCUGGAGAAAAACAAGUCAGGUUUAGAGGAAGAGGGAGAUGCAUUAGACGAUAAAUCCGAUUCCUCCCCUGUUAAUAAGAAUUCACAAAUAAGAAAGAGCCAGUCUUUGGGAAGUGGAUUGAAUUCAAAAGAUCGAACAUUUGGUUCCGAUCAUUCAGAUGAUCAUUCAGAUGAUGAUGAUGACGUGGACCAUAAUAAUGCUUCCUGUGAUGGAUCUGCUAAAGACGAUCAAGAACUUAUAGAAUCUGAUUCCAUUAGACUUAAUUCCAAUUUCGCAACAAACGAGUCUUGUUUAUCUGGUUCAGAUGAUUCUGGUGUUUGUACACCUCGUAUUGUGAAAUCCACUUCUCUGCCCAGCAUUACUACUUCCCCUGUUCAAUACUCUUCAUCCAGUUUCCCGUGCUCUAAAUCUCUCGGCGAUUUGAACGCUUUAGAUUCUGAAAAGAUACCUGUGGUGGCAGAUGCCGUAAAUAUGGAGAAAAUUGAGGAUGAAUUACCAACCAAGGGACUUAGGCUAACAAGAAUCGAAGAAUGGGUUUUCGAUCAUCAGCACUGCCGCAGCCCGGUAGAAGAGUUUACUAAUGAAUUUGGUUCAUGUAGUAAUCACGAGUUUCAGGAAGGUUCUAAUGCUUUAUUAGAGGAACCUUCUAGUAAGAAGAUGGAAGUCAAAGUCAACCCUGGAGCGGAAGCUGCAACGAGAUAUAUCACUUCUCUGAAUGCCUCGGCCACAGCGGCUCAGUUGACUAAUCUCGGGUUGGUUGUGAUCCCGUUCCUCAGUGCUUUUGUCAGCCUCAAAGUGGUCAACUUAUCUGGAAAUUCAAUAGCGAGGAUUACUUCUGGUGCUCUUCCACGAGGUCUUCACAUUUUGAAUCUGUCAAAAAAUCAUAUAUCUGCCAUAGAAGGAUUACGAGAUCUUACUCGACUUCGCGUGCUUGACCUCAGUUAUAAUCGGAUACUAAGGAUUGGACAUGGCCUAGCAGGGUGCUCUUCCAUCAAGGAACUAUAUCUAGCUGGCAACAAAAUCAGCGAGGUGGAAGGUCUCCACCGCCUCCUAAAACUAAGCGUCUUGGAUUUGCGUUUCAACAAAAUCUCGACAACCAAAUGCCUCGGCCAGCUGGCGGCCAAUUAUAGCUGUCUCCAAUCCCUCAGUUUGGAAGGCAAUCCAGCACAGAAAAACGUAGGCGACGAACAAUUAAAGAAGUACGCACAAAGCCUUCUUCCUCAGCUCACCUAUUACAACACACAAUCCAUCAAAAUCGGGGCUGUUAAGGACAUCGGGCGUGGGUCCCGAGUUGAAGUCAAGAGUACCACGAGGCGGAAAAUCCAGGUGGCGGCAUCACAGAGAUCGUCCAGGAGCAGAAGGGGGGCGGUGGCCCCCGGCGGAGUUAAGGCGGCGACCAAUGGGAAUCAGUUCGGUGACUUUGGGCGAAGCCGAAGCGAGGGAACUUUAGAAACCGUUUAAAUAACUGUGUAUAUGUUUGUCUUUUACGUGUUUUUCUUCGUUUCGUUUUCUGAUUGGCUUAAAAAACUGUGUUGAAAGAUGAGGUGAUUGGUUUUAAUAUUAGAAAUAGGGAUUUGUGAGUCAAUCAAUUAUUUAACCAUGAAAAAAUAGUUCUUUUGGUGUUU